AAUGCCCAUCAAAGUAGCAUUUUUUUAGUUUUCCAAGUAGGAGUGUUAUUACCUUUCCUAGUAGGAGUUUAAUUAUGUUUUUCUUGUCAUCCAAGUUGGGUUUGGCUAUAAAUACAUCAACCAAUCUAAGGGUUAUCUAUCUCUUGUAAUCAAGUUUAGAUUAAUAUUUUCUUGGUUAUAAAAGUCUUGGAGAGUUAUUCCAAAGUUUAUGUGUUUUCUUGAUAUUAAUUCUAACUUGAGAUCGGAAGUCCAGUGGAAAGAAAAUACUGCCUAUAAACAUCAUUCACUUUUCAUGUAAGUAAUAAUCUAUCUAGCUUGUGUUUGUAGUUUUUUAUAUUCUUGCCCUUAUUGCAUAAUUUCAUGUAAUUGCACUUAUGAGUUCCAUAACUUGUUUUGAAGAUAUGUGAUGUGUGGUGAUAACCUUAGUCACAUAUUAUAAUCUCAAUUUUUUUCCAGCUCUUACAAUUCUUGCUGGUUGUUGUCUUGGUGAUUUAUGCGAUUCUGAAUUGCAGGCACAUGUCACUCAACCAAGUCUUAUUGGUGCUGCAAUGAAGGAGAUGUGUAUUCAAGAAGACUUGAUAGUGGAACAGCUACAACUACCAAUUUGAAGUGAUUCUCUUGAUCGUUUCCUGCUUUCAUCUCCAUCACCCAAUCUAAGUGUCGCGGACAGUGGUUUGAACACAAACUUGACCUCUUUGAUUUCACUAGGUUCAAACAACACAGGACAGUGCGUUCGAACCCUUUCCAGCACUUUCACCACGUCUCUGCUGUGAGAUUUCCCUUCAAAAUCAUCAUAGUAGAACCUAGAGUGAACCUCACUCAAUAAUGCCAGAACCCUAUCAAGCUCCCCAUGUUCUCUGCUCUCAUCAUAGAAAACACUGGCACUGCUGCUCUUCCCAAAAAAGUAAUACGGUGAUAUACUCAACACAUUCUCCCUGUCAUUCUCAGCCCAAACCCCAGGCUUAUCGUCCACAAUCAGCACGACUCUCGGAUGGGACAAAACAAUAUCCAGCCCCUUUUGCUUCUCAACGGUGCAAUUUUCUCUAGAAUAAAUUGUCAAAUUGGGAUCUCCGAACAAUCCCAAGUCCUCAGGAUCCAAAAGCUUCACGACCCUCUUUGCAUACUCAUUAGAGCCCAUGGUGUAGACAGACAAAUCGAACAUUUUGCAGGCCUUCUCCAAGAAAGACCGGACCCCUGGCCUAAGCUUCAGCAUCCAAGCACCAUCAUCGAGCAAGUACGAAUCUUCAUGGCUGGUGUUCUUGAACCAUUCCUUGUCUUGAAUGGUUAGUUUCGAACCCUUCACACAGUGGACCAGAGUGUGGUCCAAAUCAAGGACAAGAUGAAGCUUCUUGCCGCUCUGCAGCCUCUCCAAGUCUCUGUCACGAACCCCGGCAGUAAUGGAGUCCCAAUCAGGAGAUUCCAUGUUUAGUGUUAUCGGAAUUAUUGGGAAGAUGAUAUAUUUGUGGCGGCAGGGUUUAAUUUCUUUCUUUUUUUUGUUGUAGAAGUUUGGUUUAUAACGUUGCUUAUAAAUAGUCCGUAAUAGGGUAAACUUGGUUUCCGAGUUUAAUUGGGAAUGCACAUUUAGGAAAGUAAUAUUUCUUGCAACAAGGGUUUAGUAAUGAUCCAGGUGUAAUGAAUGAUAUGGACACUG